AAAUACUGAUAAAAUAAAAGAAAAGAAAAAAUGAGGCUGUACAACAACGCGCGCCACGGAUCCUGUGACGUCAUGCAAACCCACUAUCAUUCCCGUGACGUGAACACACAACUCGAAGGAGAAGCCCGCAAACAAGACUCCGCGCAAAGUACUUAUGCUGCAGCAGAAAAAAAUAAUCUCAUUUUAAUCGAUCUGGAACAAGUUGAGAUGAGUAGUCUUGCUUUUGUGACACAUCCAAGUGUGCGCAUUAAAGGGAGCGAAAAUGUGUACACUCCUAUCCACUGCAUGGACCAAAACUGCCCCAUAAAAACCCCUCAUCUUCAUUGCCCAUUUUGUGUGAAGACUGACAUUUACCAAGAUCCAGUCAUUUUAAAGGCACAUUACCGUGUUAAACAUGUUGACAAAGGCAUUGAGUUUGCAGGUCUCAAGAUUUUACGUUGCUGUGAUCAUUGUGACAUUGUUGGAGUAAUUAAGGGGGAGAAAAAAUUUAAAGGAGCACACUGGCACUGUUAUCGAUGUCGUAAUGGGUUCAACCGGCGGGAUGAGGCUGUGAAACAUUACAAGACACACUUCAGAAAUCCUCAGACCACAUUCCAGAUCUCUAUUACUCAGGAUCUGAAUACACCAGUCAGUUACAACCAGGAAAGCCGGGGAAACCCAGCAGUAACAACAUCAUCGUCCUCUGUGAAUAUUGCUGUGCCACAAGAAGCCAUUCACCCUGCUCUCACGCAGGCUGUAUCCUGUAUCUCCACACCCAUAACUGUCAGUGAACAAGUUGCAGUACCUUUGACCAAUGGAAAAAUACCUGAUGGUGCUUUGCAUGUGUCUAUUGCUGCGAAUGAGACUGUUGAAGGCGAGGAAGAAGAAAAUACGCAGACCAUCAUGAUCAUACAGGAAGAACAACUGGACGCAUCUCAGAUAGAUGGUGCUUUCUCUGCACAGAUUAUAGCCAGUGAAGAUGUGGAAAUCAUGGGAGAAAAGAGUUCAUCUACUAAAACCCAGGAAACAUUAGAUGUGCAAUGCAAGAGACUUGAACAAGAGAAGAACAUUCUCAGGUCAGAGGUUGCACGGCUACACAAACAUAUCCAAAAUUUGGAGGAACAACUAAAUGUAGCAAAGAAGAGAGAGGAAGAUUUAGCACAGCGAUUAGGCAUUGCAACAGAACGUGGAGUACAGGAGGUACUGCAAAGGCUGGAAAAAGAGCAUCGCGAUCUUCUCCGCCAGCAUCUCAAUGUUCUACAGCAGACAGUGUAUUCCGCUCAUUCUCCAUCUGUUCUACAAUUGACAGAUAACAAUGUUCAGCAGAUACAGGUGGUUAGCCCUGCUUCUUUCAAGGCUUUGAUGGUGAGCAGCAACAUGUCGAGAGAAAAUACUACCCAGAACCUUCCGGUAAACUCUGCCCUCGUGCAGGCGGGUGAACUUCACCUCGAGCAGAUAUCAACUGAUGAAGAUACCGGGGUAACAGCCUUGGAAAUAGCAGCAUCUGGAGCAGUGGACGGCUCAUCAAACUACAUUAUGUGUGUGAAGACCGAGGCAGGAGAGGUACAAGAAGGAAGUGUGUUAGAGGUUCACCCACGGCUUUUGCAGGAGGUGACAGAUGUGGAACCGGGUGACCAAGACAGAGGCCACCCUCCUACCUCAAAGAGACAAAAACUGCAAUGAUUGUGUGUGAAUGAUCAAAAGUGGUGAUGCAGCGAAAGUACGAGUAGUGCCAACCUUGUUGCUGUCAUCUCUUGGUUUGGCCUUUGCUACAUUUUUUUUUGUGUGUAUAUAUUACAACAAAACACGCACAUACGGGUGAAUGUGCCUAUGCAUCAUUUAUGAAUGAAACAGGAAGAGGCUGAAUGUUGAGACAUAAGGGGGAAAAUGGUGUCAGUUUAGUUUCCCACCAUCUCCACUACCACCCUUGAGUGAACAUGCAAUCAGGUAUAUUUAGAAUCAUUUUCAUUUCUCUUCAUUUGUGAGGAGCAUUUAUCAUCUUUCCUUUACCUUCUAAUGCAUAGAUUCAGACCAUACAUUUUUUUGUAUGUUUUCAUGAAUGUGAGAAAAUAUAAACCAUUUUAAUCACAA